GUAAUUAAUCUCUACGCUUCUUUCUCUGCAAUUAGUCCUUGAGAGCAUCUCUCUCUAGAAUAUCGAGUAUUGUUGACUUGAGCGUCGGAGUGUUUUCCCGAGGAAACAUCCUUGGGAUUUUCAGGUGUAGAAGCAGCUGAGGAUUUCAACAGUGUUGGACUGCGAAGCUGCCUAAACAUUUGGCGCCGUCUGUGAGAACUGAACAAGAAGUUGUGUAGCUUAACUUGCUAAAAGGCAAAAUGGUUCGUACUUUUAUAGGAGGUCGCCCUCCAAGAAAUGAAAUGGAUGAACAGAAGGACACUCAACUGACUGAACUCGGCUUGAAUGACUUUAGGCCAAUACCAAGAAACCUUUUCGUAGGGGGAGCAGAACAGGAUCAAUUAAGUGGAACAGAUGCUGAUGAAAGAACACCAACAAGGUAUGCAACUCAACCCGAACAUUUCCAAAUUCCAACAGGAACAAGGCAAAGACAUCUGAGACUAGGUGACUCACAACAUGAACGAUCUGAAAGGGAUGCACAGACAGCUGUGGUUGUUGCAACUCGAAACUCACCCGCGUUGAGUAAUAUAGUAGUGCCGACCAAACCGAGAGGAAGUGGGAAGCUAAAUAACGAGCCCAGCUCAUCCAAACAUAGUGAAGAACUGAUGAGAAAGAACGUAGACCUUGAAAGGCAGCUGCGGGAUGUACAAAAAUCCAUUGACGAGCUAAAAAGUCCCAGGUCGCACCAACAGACCCUUGAUUUGGAUAGUGCUCCACUAAACCUAUCCAUCACAGCAGAACCGUAUCAAGAGGGAUUCAAAAUUCCCCACUUGGAGACAUAUGAUGGCUCAGGCGAUCCAGAUGAGCAUCUGCACACCUAUCAAGCCAUCAUGAGAAUCCAAAAUGCCAAUGAUGCCAUGAUGUGCAAAGUGUUUCCUACGGCACUGAAGUCAACAGCCAGAAGAUGGGAGAUCAAACGCACAGCAACCGAGCUGAUGCAAGUUCAUCAGAAGGAAGGGGAAUCUUUGAGGGAUUACAUGCAGCGGUUCAACAAAGCCACCUUAGACAUUGAUAACGUCCUCGAUACCAUCUGCUUGUCUGCCUUGCUGCAUGGCUUGAGGCGUGGCUGGUUCCUAGACGAUCUGCUAGAAAACCCGUCGAAGACGUGGAACGAAGUGAAUGACAAGUCGGCUAGUUUCUUACUGUCAGAAGAUUUCCAGUCGUCCAAGCGACGAGCUGAUGAUAAGCAGAGUAAAAGCCAAGAACAACCACCAAGGAGAGAGGAAAAGAAAAAGCAAAAAGUCAACGAACAGUGGGGGAAGCCAGCUGACUUUUCGAAGUAUGCUAACUACGUCCCUUUGACCUUGCCGAGGUCUCAAAUUCUAGCACAAAUCCAGUACUGGAUUCGAAGACCCCCACCCUCGCUGCAUGAUCCCCCAAAAGCAGAUAAGAGUAAACAUUGUGACUACCAUCAUGAUAACCAAUCUCCUUCUAAGCAAGGCAGAGCGUACAGAGGCUGCCAAUUCAAUAGGCGAGGCCAAGGUCAGAGACCUGCCACCCAGAACCAAAAAGACAGGAGAGGAGUUGGAUGCAGUAGGAUACCCUCGCCGUUUGGCACAAUCAACAUGAUCUCUGGUGGUAUGCACUCAGGGGGCCAAAGUGCCCGGGCCCGUAAGGUGUAUGCCCGGCAGGUGAUGACCGUUAACCAAAACAAGCCCUUGAAGCGGCCGUUCGAGGAGGCGGAGUGGGAGAAUGUGGCCAUCACAUUCAGCCCGGUAGAUUAUAAGCAAGCAGACGGAGAGCCCAACGUUAUGAUGCCUCAUGCAGAUCCAUUUGUGGCAACGGUCCAUAUAGGCAAUCAUAACGUCAACAAGGUCUUUAUUGAUAUGGGUAGCUCGCCAGAUAUUCUUUAUUGGAGCUAUUUCCAAAAGAUGCAGCUGAAUCCGAGCUCGCUGCAGAAAUAUGAAAGGCCCAUCUACGGGUUCAAUAAUCAGCCCGUCCCGGUUGAAGGAGUCAUUACUUUACCCAUCUAUGUGGGCUCAGAACCGCGCUUUAAGAUGGCUUCUGUUAGCUUUCUGGUAGUCAAGAUGGAGUCAGCUUUUAAUGCUAUAUUAGGAAGGGCUACCCUGUGCGAGCUGAAGGCUGUUAUCUCACAACCCCAUCUCUGCAUGAAAUUCCCAACGCCUCAGGGGGUAGGAGUGCUAAAGGGGAAUCAGAAGAUGGCCAGGGUAUGUUAUCAAGAUACAUUUAAGAAGGUUCAGCUCGCUGUAGCCCCAAGAGGCUCCUCUGAAAGCAAUAGGCCGACUCAGCCCGGCCAACAGACAAUAAGCAUAUCGGACAUUGAGCAUCGACUUGAGGGUGUCGAGCAAAAAGCAGAGCCAAUAAAGCUAGUAGAGAUAGUUCCUCUAAACCCCAAUGCAAGCUUUAUCAGGAGAGUGGAAUACUCUGAGUGGGUAUCCAUCCCGGUGCUCGUCAAAAAACCAAAUGGCAAGUGGAGGAUGUGUAUUGACUUCACCAACUUAAACGAGGCAUGUCCAAAAGACCCUCAUCCAUUGCCAAAUGUGGAGAAGCUAGUAGAGCGGGCAGCCGGGCAUGAGCGGAUGAGCUUUCUUGACGCUAGCUCGAGGUAUCACCAGGUUCAAUUGCUGCUGGAUGACCAGGAGAAAACAACUUUCUAUGCUGGUGACGCAAUCUACUACUAUGUCAUAAUGCCAUUUGGCUUAAAAAAUACUGGCAUGAAGCUGAAUCCCCUGAAGUGCACAUUCGCUGUAGAAUCAAAAAAAUUCUUAGGGUACGUGGUAUCCAAGAAAGGAAUUGAAGUGAACCCAGAGAAGGUUAUGGCCGUUCAGCAGAUGGAGCCUCCUAGGACUGUAAAGGAUGUGCAGUGCCUGACAGGUCGUAUAGCUGCAUUGCACAGGUUCAUAACCAGGUUGGCGGAAAGGUGUCUCCCAUUCUUCAAAGCCCUGCGAGAGGCCAAGAACUUUCAAUGGACCGACAAGUGUCAGCGGGCGUUUGACGAGCUCAAGCAAUAUUUGGCAUCAGCACCCCUACUGUCCAAGCCUAUGGAAGGGGAGAAUUUAUACCUGUACCAGGGGGUUACAGAAGAGGCAGUGGGCUCAAUUUUGCUCAGGGAGGAGAAUAAGAAUCAGAAGCCUAUCUGCUAUUUGAGCAAGGUUUUACAAGGUGCCGAGCAGAACUACCUACUAGCAGAAAAGGCUGCUUUUGCCCUGGUUUACACAACUCACUUUUUGGUGGAGUGCAUCUCAACGACUGGGGAAGAAAAAGCACUCGAGCAACCAGUCUGGGUCUUGUAUGUUGAUGGAGCUGCUAACAUUAAAGGAUCGGGUGCUGGGGCUGUGUUGUUGGGCCCAGACGGCUUUAAAUCCGAGCACGGCCUGAGGUUUAAAUUUCAGACCACUAAUAACGCGGUGGAGUAUGAAGCGUUCAUUUAUGGAUUGAAAUUGGUGUCCGAGCUGAAGGUACAGAGCAUUCAGGUUUUUAGCAACUCUCAGCUCGUUGUGGGCCAGGUGAAAGGCAACUGUGAGAUCAGGGAUCCUCAGCUGGGUCGUUACGCUUCUCUGGUUAAUAGAUUCAAGUCAGGAUUUGUUUCUUUCCAAAUCGAUAAAAUACCAAGAGCAGAUAACCACCGAGCUGACGAGCUGUCAAAGUUGGCCUCCUCGCAAGACCUUAAUCCUCAAAGGUCAACAAUUGUCAAAGUGCUUGACACACCGAGUUACACUGAUUUCACAGUUGAGUGUCAGCUGCUUAGCACAGAUCCCUCUUCACCGAGCUGGACUACCCUGCUCAUAACUUAUCUGCAAAGUGGCGAGCUACUUGAAGAUCCGUCCGUUGCAAAAUUGAUUAAACUUCGGGUGGCACAUUUCACUUUGUCGGGUAACCAGCUCUACAAACGAGCAGCUUCAAUGCCCCUAUUGCGUUGCCUCACUCCUUAUGAAGCUGAAUACGCUGUGAGAGAAGUUCAUGAAGGAGUAUGUGGCACACACAUAGGUGGUAGAACUUUAGCUCGGAAACUCUUGAGGCAUGGGUAUUACUGGCCAACUAUGGUUGAGGACACACAGAACUAUGUCAAAAAGUGCCCGACAUGCCAGUUCAACGCUGACAACAUUCACAUGCUAAGAGAAAUGGUAUCAUCACCCUCAUCUCCUUGGCCAUUUGCUCAAUGGGGAGUCGAUUUGCUCAGGCCUUUUGUCAAAGGCAGGGGAGGCUACACUUACCUAGUUGUCGCUGUGGAUUACUUCACCAAAUGGAUAGAAGCUAAACCAUUGUCCACGACAACAGAGAAGAAAAUAGAAGAAUUCCUGUUCCAUUCAAUUUUAUGCAGGUUUGGCAUACCCAAACGAAUCAUCGCUGACAAUGGUCCACAGUUCCGAGCCGCGGCUCUGAGGUCGUUCUGUAACGAUUAUGGCAUUGAGCUCGCGCUGACAUCUGUGUACACUCCAUAGUCAAAUGGACAAGUUGAGUUCGUCAAUAAAAUCAUCUUGCGAGGCCUUAAGACGCGUGUUUCAGUUGCACAAUCUAAUUGGGUUGACAAGCUCAAUAAAGUCCUUUGGUCAUG